AUGGUGGCCAAGAACCAACUCGAUAUAAUAGAGGGCAAGGGCCCAGCGGGUGUCACUGUACAAGAUGCAGAGCUUGCUGAGGCAUUGAGGAGCUAUGUGCCCGGCUCAGAUGCAGAGAAAAAGCUCGUGCGGAAGAUUGACUGGGCAUUGAUGCCGAUCCUGUGGAUCAUGUACAUCCUCAACUAUGUUGACAGGACGAACAUCGGCAACGCAAAGAUCGCUGGCAUGGACACUGACCUCAACCUCAACGACACCCGCUACGCCUGGGUGCUCUCCAUCUUCUUCUUCGGCUACCUCAUCAUGGAGGUCCCUUCGAAUAUGAUCCUCAGCCGCUCACGCCCAUCCCUCUACCUGCCCGGUAUCAUGUUCGUCUGGGGCGUCUUGAGCGCUUUGAUGGCAAUAGCGAACGGCUAUAAUGCACUGCUCGCUUUCCGUUUUGUCCUCGGUUGCAUCGAAUCCGGCUUCUUUCCCGGCGUGCUCUUUCUCCUGUCCACCUGGUACAAGAGCACCGAGCUCGGCAAGCGCUUCGCCAUCUUCUACACCGCGGCCGUCAUCUCCGGUGCGUUUGGAGGCGUCCUAGCCGGCGCCAUCACCUCGCAUCUCGACGGCGCCCACGGCAUCGCGGGGUGGCGCUGGCUCUUCAUCGUAGAGGGCGUGGCGACCGUCGGCGUGGCCGUAAUUGCGACCUUCAUUCUCCUCGACUUCCCUGCGACAUCGAAACGCCUCACUCUCGAAGAACGUCAGCUCGCCGUUGUGCGUAUCCUCAAGGACGGCAUCGACUCCGGCAGCGCCGACAAGACGCUUCGCCUCUCUCACUGGGACGCCUUCGUCGCCGCAAUCUCGGAUCCCCGCACCUACGUCUUCCUUGUGCUCUUCGUGCUCGAUGUCGGCGCAGGCACAAUCUCCUACUUCAUCCCGACCAUCACGAAGACCCUUGGCUAUUCCAGCGUUACCGCGCAGUACAUGACGGUCCCCAUCUACGCCGUCGCGGCUGUGUUCCUCAACAUCCUCGCCUACUCCGCGGACCGCAACAACGAGCGGCGUUGGCACAUCAGCGGCGCGCUGGCCGUCGGGUUCGGUGCCGCUGUUGUCUGUGCCGUUACCCAAAACCCCAUCGCGAGAUAUGUCAUGGUUUGCUUCGUUGCAGCCGGUAUAUGGUCGGCCCUACCCCUCAUCUUAACGUGGACGUCGACGACGAUUAGUCUACCGGCAGAGAAGAGAGCCAUUGUUCUCGCGCUGGUGAACGCGUUUGGAAAUUUCUCCAGCGUAUAUGGUUCCAGGAUUUGGCCUACCUCAACUGCACCGGCCUACACCAUGGGCUUUGCGGUCACGGCUGGGUUCCUGGGGCUUGGGAUGUUGCUUGCGGUCGCGCUGCCCUGGUAUGUGCAGCAUGUGCCAAGGACGGGGACGAAGGCGGAGAGGGAGCUGGAAGAGCGGAAGAGGGUUAAGCGGGAGAGCGCGGAGGAUGAGUUGAGUGUAUAG